CUUGUUCCGGGUGAGGAUAUGGGAUCGAAAUAAGAGGGACUCCUCGGACACGACCAACGUGAGAGAUCCUAUCCAUUGGAUAAUUCUCUUCUCUGCAAACCCAUUCAAAAAUCAACCGCCAGUCAGUCAGUACCAUGCUUGAGAAACUUUUCAUAGUCUCUUUGGCGGCUUCAGAUUCCAUCCAAAAUUCGCGCUUUUAUAACGCAACCACAGCCAAGAACCCUAAAUCAGAGAAAACCCUAGUUUUCUCGUAUUCUCAAGAAUGGAAGUCUCGUUAGGGAAAAAACAGAAACAAAAUGAGUUCGUUUUAGUUUCAGUUUCUCAAAUUUCAUCGUCUUCGUCUGAUUCUACGGAUAAUACUGGUUCUGGUGCUAUUGCUCGUUUUAAUGUUGAAUCUGGUUAUUCACAGCUUAUAUUUCAUCAAGAAUCUAAACCUAAUGAUGUUAUUUCUGUUGAUCUUCGGACAGCUGAGCUUUUUAGGUUAAGUCCUGUUCAAUCUAUUUGUAUAAACAGAGGCUCCGAAAGUAGCAAUUUGGAAGUGAAUUCUUACUCGAGAGCAAUUACUAUUCAAUUUAAGACGGAGAAAGAAAGUGAAGCUUUUCACUGUGCUUUUGAUAAGUGGAGGAGUGAUUCACAUGAUGUACAUACAGGAUCCCAGUUGGAAAAUGGAACAGCUUUAGCUCAUAGAAGUAAGUUUGAUGGCAAAAUAGAGGCAGCUUCUGCUAAAAUGUACUUCCAUUAUUACAGUCAAUUGCUGCACCAGCAAAAUAUGUUGCAGGAUUACGUGAGGACAGGCAUUGUGGUACUAUUGUUGACAUCGUAUUAUGCAGCAGUCCUUGAGAAUCGUGCAGACUUUACCGGCCGUGUGGUGGUAGAUGUUGGUGCUGGUAGUGGUAUUCUUUCACUAUUUGCUGCUCAGGCUGGUGCGAAACAUGUGUAUGCUGUGGAGGCAUCUGACAUGGCCGAAUCUGCGCGUAGGCUUAUUGCUGGAAAUCCAUCACUCAGAGACCGAAUUACGGUGAUCAAAGGCAAAGUUGAGGAAAUAGAGCUGCCUGAGAAGGCAGAUAUUUUGAUCUCUGAACCCAUGGGUACCUUACUGGUUAAUGAAAGAAUGCUGGAGUCAUAUGUUAUUGCUAGAGAUAGAUUCCUUGUUCCAAAUGGAAAGAUGUUUCCAACAAAUGGAAGGAUACACUUGGCUCCAUUCAGCGAUGAGUAUUUGUAUGUUGAGAUAGCAAAUAAGGCUCUCUUCUGGCAGCAGCAAAACUAUUAUGGUGUUGAUCUUACAUCUCUGUAUGGAUCUGCAUUUCAAGGAUACUUUUCUCAGCCUGUUGUUGAUGCUUUUGAUCCAAGAUUUUUGGUCGCUCCAUCUAUAUGCCACCCACUAGAUUUUCUUUCUCUCAAGGAAGAAGAGCUUUAUGAAAUUGAAAUUCCCCUAAGCUUUGUUGCGUCUGUUGGCACUAGAGUGCAUGAGUUGGCUUGUCGGUUUGAUGUUUUGUUUGAUGGAAGUACUGGAAAACGAUGGCUCACCACAGCUCCUGGUGCACCCACAACCCACUGGUACCAACUCCGUUGUGUUUUAUCUCAGCCAAUAUAUGUCAUGGCUGGACAGGAGAUUACUGGAACUCUUCGUAUGGUUGCUCACAAUGCACAGAGUUAUACCAUGUACUUAACUAUGUCAGCUAAAAUGUGGGGUGCUGGUGCUGAACAAGGAGGAAUACUUCAAACAUCUUCAUGCAAACUUGAUCUGAAAGAGCCGUACUAUCGAAUGUCUCAACCACAACCCUACGCAUGGGCCCAAGAUCAGCAGCCACAUCAGCAAAUUCAAGGACAGGAUGCUGUAGGACCUGGUCUUAUGGGAGAACCAAUGCAGAACUCAGGUGUUCCCCUGUAGAGGCUAUUUUCAAUUUGUUCCCCUGUCUCAUUCUCUCUCUGUGUUUGUAACAUAUGAAACAUGGCAUUCCCUGCCUGAUGAAGCAUGUGGGGAAGUUUGUUAAAGGUUCACAACCUUUGUUAGCCAGUCAUUUAUUGACCAAAUGCAUAAUUAUUUCGGCAGAACUAUUUCACUGUGUAUAUCACCAGAUGACUUGGAAAAUUUGAUCGAGUCUGAAUCUUAAUUGCAUGUUUCUGGAAUUUUUGAUACAAGGAGAAUUAAGGUCAAUGUAGGGAUGGUUGUUGAGGCA